UGCUCUUUCCCUCUCUUCUCUCUCGCUGCUUCCACCUACAUUUUGGUCUCUCUCUCUCUCUCUACUUGAAUGAGUGUAUUUUGGAGAUUUCUGGCGGAUUUCUUUUUUAUUUGAAUUUGGAGCUGAAAAUCUUAUAGGGUUUUGUGAUGCUUCGAAUAGUCUCGUGUUUUCUUUCCUUUUCUUUCGAAGAUUUUCUCAGAAAAUUCAUCGUUUUUCUUUCUGUCUAAUUUCUUUCUUUCUUCUUCUGCUGCUUUUUGUGUGUGUGUGUGUGAAUGAGUGAGAAUGAAGAGAGUUCGGCAGAAGAAUUCCAAGGAUCCUGCCCUCGCUGAAGGAAACAGGCAGCUUCAAGGUCAAAGAAGUCAAUCAAAAUUGGCAUCAGAUUCUAGUCCUUGCUUGUGCGGUACCUCCAAGGAAAUUCUGUUCACAUCUGAGAUAGGGAGGAGUCUGACUGGGCGAGUUAAUGAAACCCCGAUAAGGAAGCUGUUAGCAGAUGAAAUGUCAAAGGAAACAGACUCCAUGAGGUCACCUAAUGUUAUUGCCAGAUUGAUGGGUCUUGAUGGGCUGCCACCUCGGCAGCCUGUUCAUGGGAAACACAAGGGGUUCUCAGAAACGUACCAGUUGAGGACUGCGUCAGUGGCAUGUCAAAGGGAAAUACAGCCAUACGAAUACCUGCUGAACAGAAAACACUCAACAGUGCAGCAAGAAUUUAAGGAUGUGUAUGAAGUUUUGGAAGCAACAGUGGUUGACGGUGGCACAGAUGAAAAGUUUUAUAAUGCAAAAGAAUUCUUUGAUACACUUGACAAGCUAGACACCAACAAGGAGAUAAAUUUGCUUCAGCAUCAAGAUCCCUUAUUUAUUAAGCAUCUUAUUGACCUCCAAGGUUCUGCUUCUGAAUCAGGAUGCAGGCAUCUAGCAGUUACAAAGCCAUCAAAUUCUGAAGCGUUUGAAAGCAAUGCAAUUAGUCGGAAGUCAGAGAAAAAGAGUUUGCAAUGUGAAUCUGGUUAUCCUCAGAAGCGUCAGGAUGGUUUUUCUACCCGGUCCUCCAAUCAUCAUGGUAUCCAGAAACCUUGUAAGACAUCUGAAGUUCAUUUAGAACUGAAACAUGAGAAGGACAUCACCCCAACAAAGAUUGUUAUCUUGAAACCAAAUAUUGUAAAGUUGCAGAAUGCUACUAAAUCUGUUUCAUCACCCUGUACCUCACAUGGUAAUCUGUCAGAUUGUGGGAAGUAUGUGGAAUAUCAGGGUAUUGGCACUGGUGAGACAGGAGCAUGGAUUAAGAAAAAAAUGCAUGAUGAUGCUUGUUUUUCAAGGCCAAAGUCUGGAGAACCAAGAGAAAUAGCAAAGGAAAUUACCAGGAGAAUGAAGGAGAGUUCAUGCAGAGAGCCAAUAUGUUCAUCCUCCAUAUUUUGGGGAUAUAAUGGGGAUGAGAGCUCAUGUGAUGUGUCUGAAAGUGAUUCUGGAAGUGCAUCAGAGGUAGCAAGGCCAAUUUCUAGAAAGUCAUUUCGCUGUGGUAACCGCCAGAAGUCUUCAUUGCAUUCUGCGGAGUUGCAUGUAAGCAUUGAGGCGAAGAAGAGACUCUCAGAAAGGUGGAAGAUGUCCCAAAGGUAUAAAGAUGUUGGAACAAUUGGUAAAGGCAGUACUCUUGGUGAAAUGCUUACUAUUCCUGAUUGGGAAAUGAGGUCACAGAAUUUGGAUACAGUGAUUAAUCUGGAUGGGUCUGAUGAUGGAUGUGUUUGCAAUAAUGGAACUACAUUGGGAAAUAGUCCUUUGGGUAUUAGUAGUAGGGAUGGCUGGAAGGAUGGAGGUCUCAGGAAAUCAUCCGGAUCAAGAUCUAUUCCUGCUUCAUCUGUUGGCUAUGGUGGUCCAAAAGCAAGCAUGGAACGGGAGAUGCUUGAACCGGGCUGUUUCCUGAUACCAGGAGAAGCCAUGAAUAGGGGUAGAAAUAAGUCAAUAAAGGGUAAUUUUAACAAGAAAAAGGAUUCUUUAUCCAGAAAUUUAAGAUCUGACAAUAAGAAAUGUCACUCCUCUCUCCACUCCUGCAGUGAUGAUAUGUAUUGUUCAGAUGCAAAGCAAUCUAGCAAAUCUCAAAUAGAGAUCGUUCUUCAAAAGAAAGAACCAUCUGACCAGAAGUAUUUGAUGUCUGAGGCACCAGCUAAUAAUGAUAUUGGCAAAAGUUUGAACACUGAUGCUGAGGAAGGUGAUGGACAUGACUAUAUGAUUAUGUAUUCUCAAUCUUCUAAUGAGUUGCUUUCAGAUCCUUCAAGUUGGUUGUCAGGAAAUGGUGGUUCCUCUAUUCAGGUUCCCAACAAUUUAAACAUACAGGAACUGCAAAUUGAACCACCCAAAGAAGAUUCAGUUCUUCAGAAAUAUACAGUUCCUGAACCACAAUCUCCCUCAAGCUCAAAGGAGCCUGAUCACCCAAGUCCACUUUCAGUUCUGGAAGUCCCAUUUACAGAAGAUGUGUCAUCUGGUUCUGAAUGCUUUGAUAGAGUCAAUGCUGACCUUCAUGAGCUGAGAAAGCAGCUUGAGCUUCUCAAGAUGGAGUCUGCACCAUUUGCAGAUGCAGAGAUGCUCGUGUCAAUUGAGAAAGAUGUUGGCCAAGGAUUACUUGCGGUCUCUGACGAGAAGGAAACAUGUGGAGAUCAGAGCUGGGAAUCUUCCUACAUAUUUGAUGUGAUGGUUGACUCUGGACUUGAUGUCACCGGCCUCGAUCCCUUGGUGUCAAAGUGGCACUCACCAGAGUGCCCUCUGGAUCUGCGGGUGUUCGGUAACCUUGAGAAGAAGUAUUCUGUCGAUUCAUGCUUGAGGUCAGAAAGGAGGAUGCUGUUCGACCUUAUAAACUCAUGGCUCUUCAAGAUUUUCCAGCAAUCAAUGGACCCAAACUCAUGGAUGAAGCCUGCGAUGAUGAGCAGACGGCUGAUGCUGCAGAAACAUGGGAUCCUGCCCGAGCUGCAUGACUUGCUGCUCGUUGAGGAGAAGAUGGCGAAGGAGGUAGUUACAGAGACGACUCUGGACAGUGUGAUGCUGUGGCGCAAUUUUGGGGAUGAAAUUGAGGCGAUAGGUAGGGAACUUGAGAAACUGUUGAUAGAUGACCUUAUAGCAGAUGUUGCUAAUGUGCAGAAUCCGGCGGAUGAGAACUGCUAUUUCGGCAGCUUCAUAGAAAUGAAUUGAUGUAUAGAUAGUUGCAGAUGAAUAAAAGAUAACCAUACCUAAAAAGAAACAGUCAAUGAUAGACAUAUAUGUAGUUUCUGUACUGAUAAUGUCUCUAAGAGAUCUCAGUUUGACAUGUUAAAUCUGGGCUAUAGAUGGCUUGUUUGGACUGGAAAAAACUUAGUAUGAAUAUAUGCA